GUAUCAUCAGGAAUUCCCGCAGCGCCGAGCCACACAGUUUCAGGUUCUGUCAAUGCGGUGUUCGCCGAAUUGUAGCGUGUUCAACUUGGAACAAUAUUGCAUCAGAUUCAAUACGCGACUAGAUUAACGUGAAAAACAUCAACAUGUCAGGAGACGCUGAGCCGUUAUACACAUCAGAAAAGAAUGGUUCUGAUGAAAAUGGAGCAGGAACAGAGGAUAAACCAUUCAAAACCAUUCUGCAGGCUAUGCGAAAAGCCGGCAAGGAGCCAUUUCCAAUCAUAUAUGUAGAUGGUAAAGAAGAGGGUGUGAAGUAUGAUGUUGCAGCCAAGUCUCAGUUAAAGAAGAUUACCAAAAUUUGGGCUCGAGAGAACUACAAAUCAGAAAACAAGCAGAAAAAGGUAGAAGAUGAUGAGGAGAAAAGGAAGCAAAACUUGGAAGAAGCAAAGAAGAUUGUCAUCAAGGAAGAUCCUAGUCUACCUGCAGCCACCAGAAUCAGAAUUUUUGAAGGUGCAAAAUAUCGCGACCAGCGCAUUAAAAUCUAUGGGUGGGUGCAUCGUCUACGUCGGCAAGGAAAAAACUUGAUGUUUAUAACAUUGAGAGAUGGCACUGCUUUUCUUCAAUGUGUUCUUAAUGAUACACUGUGUCAUACAUACAAUGCUGUUGUACUAUCUACAGAAUCUUCAGUUUUGCUGUAUGGUGUUCUGAAGGCUGUGCCAGAAGGUAAAAGUGCUCCUGGUGGUCAUGAAUUACAAGUUGAUUACUGGGAACUGAUUGGCUCAGCUCCUCCCGGAGGAGCUGAUACCAUUCUCAACGAAGAUGCGCUUCCUGAAGUUCAAGCUGAAAACCGCCAUAUUAUGAUUCGAGGUGAAAACACAUCUAAGGUAUUGCGUAUGCGCUCAUUGUUGAUGCAAACAUUCCGUGAUCAUUAUUUGGCGCGUGGUUACUGCGAGGUUACUCCACCAUCAAUUGUGCAGACUCAGUGUGAAGGCGGCUCAACGCUAUUUAAGAUGGACUACUUCGGCGAAGAGGCUUACUUGACUCAGUCGUCACAGUUGUACUUGGAGACAUGCCUAGCUUCUAUGGGAGACGUUUUCUGUAUCGCUGAGAGUUUCCGCGCUGAGCAGAGUCGUACCAGACGUCAUUUAGCUGAGUAUACCCAUGUGGAAGCCGAGUGUCCGUUUAUUGACUUCGAAGACCUCCUCAAUCGCCUGGAAGAUCUCAUCUGCGAUGUGGUCGACCGCGUGCUCAAGUCGCCUCUUGGUUCAAUCGUGUACGAAUUGAACCCGGACUUCAAGCCACCCGAGAGGCCCUUCUUGCGAAUGAACUACACCGACGCAUUGGUGUACCUUAAAGAAAACAACAUUACCAAAGAAGAUGGUUCAUUCUACGAAUUUGGUGAGGAUAUUCCAGAAAUGCCCGAGCGUAUGAUGACUGAUAAAAUCGGAAAGCCGAUAAUGUUAUGUCGUUUCCCGGCUGAAAUCAAGUCAUUCUAUAUGCCUAGAUGUCCGGAAGAUAAUCGUCUUACUGAAAGUGUUGAUGUUCUCUUACCGAACGUGGGCGAAAUUGUUGGUGGUUCCAUGAGGAUCUGGCAGCUGGAUGAGCUUCUGGAAGGUUAUAAAAGGGAAGGUAUUGACCCGUCACCGUACUGCUGGUACACUGAUCAACGAAAAUACGGAUCGUGUCCGCAUGGCGGGUAUGGGCUUGGUUUGGAGCGUUUUAUUUGCUGGUUAUUGAACCGCUAUCAUAUUCGCGAAGUUUGCUUGUAUCCAAGGUACUUGAACCAUUGCAAACCCUAAAUAUUGAGGUAAUUUUGAGAAAAAAUAUUGAAUACAACUUUUAAUUUUGAAUAAAAUAAGCUGCAUUUUC